AUGCCUGCGGUUAAGCGGAAAGCUCCCCCAACUCUGGGUGCUAAGCUCAACAGACGUGUUCGUCCCAGAUUUGAAGCUGAGCCCGACUCAGAUGUGGAGGAGGGAAGCUCAGAUGAGGCCCCUAGCGAGGAAGAAGGUGGCGGUUUCCACACAGGCAGCGACACCGAGGAGGAGGAGGAUGAAGAGGUUGAGGAGGGCAGUGAUGAUGAGUCCGAUGCACCAUCAGAGCACGGCGGCGCCGGUAUCGAUGCCGCCCAGCUCUCAUUCGGUGCCCUCGCCAAAGCCCAGGCCUCUCUCGGCACACUGAAGAAAAAGAAGAAGGGGAGUAAGGGUGGCGACGACGAGUCCGACGACGACGAAGAGAAAGAAGAGCCCAACUGGAAGACCGAGAUCGAAAAGGGUCUGAAGUCCAAAGUCGAGAAGCACCACCGCACCAGCAAGCACGCGCCCGUGGAAAUGACGUCCAAAAAGCCCGUCUCUCGUCGGCGCGAGUUCCUCGUCACCAACGACGCGCCGGCCAAGCCCAAAGCGCGGGACCCUCGCUUCGCGCCGCCGGGCCUCGGCGGCAGCAUCUCGGGCGGCAGCAAGGCGGUGGUGGACGAGAUCAAGGCGCGCAAGGCCUACUCGUUCCUGGACGACUACCAGGAGGACGAGAUGAAGCAGCUGCGGAUGGCCAUCAAGAAGACCAAGGACGCGCACGAGAAGGAGGAGCUGCAGCGGGCGCUGCUGUCGAUGGAGAGCAAGAAGAAGGCGCGCGUCAGGAAGGACAAGGAGCGCGAGCUGCUGAGCGAGCACAAGAAGAAGGAGAAGGAGCUCAUCAAGCAAGGGAAGACGCCGUUCUACCUCAAGAAGAGCGAGCAGAAGAAGCAGCUGCUUGUGGAGCAGUUCGCCAGCAUGAAGAAAAGCCAGGUCGAUAAGGCGAUUGAGCGCAAGAGGAAGAAGAUUGCGGGCAAGGAGAAGAAGGCGUUGCCGUUUGCGAGACGGACGGCUGAGGACAGGUAA